AUGAACACUGAGAGGUUCAAGGAGGUCAAAGCCGAAAUCCUGCAAGCCAACAGAGCAUUCCUCCCCACAGCAGACAUCAAAUACAUUGGCUGGCUGACUAGGAGACCACCAUUGUCUAUCGUCAUCAAGUUCACACGAGCAGAAGACGCCAACAAAAUCAUCGACGAGGGACUGCUAUAUAGGAACCUAAUGCAAGGCAGCAAAGACAUGUGGCUACUACGCGCAGUUACACAGCUCCUGGGAGUGCCCAUCCAAGACCGGCCAGGAUACCAUCAGGAAGGACGAGCCGGCCUAGCUCCACGCGAGGACGAGGACAGAAGAGAGGGUGGCAAUACUUACAACGUAUAUAAAUCAAAGGACACAGUCAUGGCGACACUGCUACGGGACCCCAGGGUUGCAGAGUACGACAUGCUUGUGAUCCAGGAGCCAUGGAGGAACCCAUUUAUAUUGACAACACACCACCCAGCGAAGGAAAUAUUCCACCUCUGCUACCCAACUGUAGAUGAUGGGGAAGGCCCAGCAUGGUUGUGCUUCUUCAUUAAUAAGAGACUCGAUCACAGCGCAUGGCAAUUUAAACAGCACACGAGAGACUUGUGCACGCUGAAAAUCAGCACAAACGGACCAGGUGCGUCAGAUGAUGAGCUUAUCAUACAUAACGUGUAUAAUGCACCACAGAACACAAUGGGACGAAACAGUAUCCUUCCGCUACUCAAGAUACAACUGGAGGAAUAUGCACCUAAAGAACAAAUCGCCUUAGGCGACUUCAACCUCCAUCACUAG